AUGGAGGUCUACGUCUUCAAUAUGCUCGUCGAGAGCAUAAAAGCUACGGAUCAUGUCACUAAUCUUGAGGAGAUGUUCCUCAUCCUUCAUAAAUACCAGAUGAAGUUGAAUCCGAACAAAUGCGCCUUCUGGGUUAGCUCAGGAAAAUUCCUCAGUUUGUUGGUCAGCCAACGAAGAAUUGAAGCUAACCUUGAGAAGAUAAAAGCUCUCCUUGACAUGAAAUCACCAAGGUUGACCAAAUACGUUCAACGACUUACUGGGAGCAUCGCGGCUCUCAAUCGCUUUGUGUCCCGAGCCACAGACAAAUCUGAAGAAUACCAGGCGAAGAAGGAACGCAUGAAAACCUAUCUACGGAAGGCUAAAGAAUUGAUCGAUAAAGUUCAAAAAUGCACUGUCGCCCUGAUUCCUCAAGCCGAGAACUCCAAAGCUGACAUACUGGCAAAGCUAGUCACUGCAGAUGAAGAUGAUAUUCUAAGAUCCAUCUCGAUCGAGUUCCUUACGAAACCAAGUAUCAACGAGGCCAACCUUGCCGCAGUUCUUCUACGAUAUAUACUCGGCCCAAGGACUGGGGAGGUGCAUGUCCCCUCGGCUACUGAUGCUGUCUCUAUUGCUGCUGUGGCCGCUGUGGAGGCCUACCCGGCUGCCUCUAAUGCUGAGGAGGCCUAG